AUGCACACGGCGUAUCUUUCUUUCGUGGUGUUCGCCAUCGCCGCGGCUGCCGCACCCUCAUUCCCCAAGUCCGACAGCGAUCCUUUCUCUGGCACCUUUCCGUUCUUCCCUUCGGGCAGUUCCAGUCUUACCGAAGAUGAUGAUGGCAUGAGCAACCCGGUCCCGGCCUACUUGGCUGCCAUGGACGCCGUCGAGUCUGCUCAGGCCGGUUCUUAUAACACACCUCAGCCUACCAGCAAUAUCCCGCCCCAGUAUAUUGCUCCUCAGAUGCAACAGGCUCCUCCGGCACCUAAGCCUCAGCCUCCUGUCCCCAAGGUCCAGACUAAGCCUAAGGUGGAGCAGAAUGCUCCUUUGUCGGACCCUGUCGCCAACGACCCAGUGCCCAAGGACCCCAUUCCUGCUAUCCCGGCCGCUCCUGUGGCUCCAGCGCCCAAGCCCUCUCACAAGGCUAAGCCUAACUUUGCUUCUGCCGCAGUUGCUGAGGCUGUUCCUACGUCUGAGGCCGUUCCUACCUCUGAGGCUGCUCCUACCUCUGAGACUGUUCCUAAUUCUGAGACUGUUCCUACUUCUGAGGCUGCUCCCGAGCCCACUCUCAAGGCUCCCGUUGCUGUGACACCUAAACCAGCUUCCCACAUCGCCAACCCCUCUUCCAAGCCUGAGCCCGGGAGCCCUAUGAUUCCUUCCAAGGUUGCUUCCAGUUCCAAGGCUACUUCAAGCUCUAAGGCUCCUUCAAGCUCUAAGGCUCCUUCCAGUUCCAAGGCUACUUCAAGCUCUAAGGCUCCUUCAAGCUCUAAGGCUCCUUCCAGUUCCAAGGCUACUUCAAGCUCUAAGGCUCCUUCCAGUUCCAAGGCCAGUUUCAGGGCUCCUUCCAGUUCCAAGGCUACUUCAAGCUCUAAGGCUCCUUCAAGCUCUAAGGCUCCUUCCAGUUCCAAGACCAGUUUCAGGGCUCCCUCCAGUUCCAAGGAUACAUCGAGCUCCAACAUUCGCCCGACCCCCACUUCGGCGAUCAGUAGCUUCAUUUCCAAGGCCUCUCCCAAGCCUACCCACCGCCCCACGCACUCUGUUGGUGUUCACGAGGGUCACCUCUCUUCCGUCGCCAAGCUCGACACUACUCCCUCGAGCUCUGCUACUCCCUCUGCCAGCGCCACUCCGUCCGGUCUCAGCUUCCUCGGUCUGGACAAGGUAGUUGAAGAUGUGCCCAUCCUUGGUUCCAUGCUCGGCCCUCUCUUUGGUGGCGCCUGA